UUGUAAGUAUAGAUUCAAAAUCUUAAUGCCGAAAGCGUUUUAUAACCCAGCCUGCAAGCAAACCCUUUUUCUUGGAAGCUUCUUACGCCUCAACCUUCUUCACACGGUGAAGAAAGGCCAGGUCUUUCUUCAUCUUUUAAUCUGUCUUUGAAUUUUUGCAUUAUAUUUUAUCAUAUUUCGCAUUGAUUUGUCAAGACCCAUCUGGGUUUUUGCCCAUUUAAACCCUGAUUCUUGAAUUUUUGAGGUAUAGUUUGGUGCAAAUUGAGAAAUUUAUUCUGGGUAAAAUUGUUUAGAGGUUUUUGUAUCUGGGGUCUGUGUUUCUUGGAGAUUGGAUUGUUUUAUUUGGUUUAAUUUGAAUUAUUUGAGGGGGGGAUUGAUGAAUUUGUGGAAAUUUGUAGGAAAUCUUGUUGCUUUGAAGGGGUUUAUGUGUAAUUGUUGAUGUACAUGGUUGAUUCUUGGGAGGAGGAUUGGCUUGUGAACAUAAGCUUCUUGAUUCAAGGUGUUCUCAGGCCAUUGUUAUCUUUAGCUAUAGCGAAUAAAGAUUACUUAUUUUGUGUUCCGAGAGAUAGAUGGGAUAAGGAGUUCUUUAGACUUCAAAGUGGGUGAUUGGAUCUGUUAUUGGUUCUAAGCUUGAGUUUUUGUUGAGUGUUUUGUUUGAGUGAGGAUUGUUAGAGAUGGGUUCUUCUCAAGGUUCAUCGUUAUCAACAAACAUGGCGGGGUUUGUUGAUGGAUCUUCUGCACGGAGAGAUGUUUCGUAUCUUGAUGGUUUGCCUGUCUAUGUGAAGGAGCUAAUUGCUGGAGGUGCUGCUGGUGCAUUUGCUAAGACUGCAGUUGCUCCUCUUGAACGGAUUAAAAUAUUGUUCCAGACAAGAACAGAGGGAUUUCAAUCUCUUGGAGUGCAUCAAUCUUUAAAGAAGGUACUGAAGCAUGAAGGCGUCUUAGGAUUUUAUAAGGGAAAUGGAGCUAGCGUGGUUCGUAUUGUUCCCUAUGCCGCAUUACAUUUCAUGACAUAUGAGCAGUAUCGAUGCUAUCUUUUGGAUAACUGCCCUGUCUUAGGAACCGGGCCGGUUGUAGACCUGUUGGCUGGUUCAGCAGCUGGGGGAACUGCAGUUUUGUGCUCAUAUCCCUUAGAUUUGGCUCGUACCAAACUUGCUUAUCAGAUUGUUGAUACCAGAAGUUCAAAAAAUAGUACAAGAAGCCUUAAUACUCAGGUACCGUACACCGGCAUCAAAAAUGUUUUAGGGACCGUGUACAAAGAAGGGGGAGUGCGUGGGCUUUAUCGUGGUGUAGGUCCAACAUUGAUUGGCAUUCUACCUUAUGCUGGUUUAAAAUUUUACAUCUACGAAGAACUAAAGAGGCACGUCCCUGAGGAGCACCAGAAAUCCAUUGGGAUGCGUCUAUCUUGUGGAGCUCUUGCUGGUUUAUUUGGGCAGACCUUUACAUACCCAUUAGAUGUUGUAAGGAGACAGAUGCAGGUAGAACAUUUGCAAUCUUUAACACAUUCUGGAGCCAGAUACAGAAGCUCAUGGGAAGGGCUUACAACUAUUGCACGUGAUCAAGGUUGGAGACAGUUAUUUGCUGGCCUCAGCAUUAAUUACAUUAAGAUUGUGCCUUCAGUAGCAAUCGGCUUCACGGCAUAUGACAUUAUGAAAUCUUGGCUUAAAAUACCACAGCGACAGAAAUCGGGAUCAGUUUCUGCUGCAUAGAGCACAUCUCAAAGUUAUCGGAUCAGCUAGACUGCAUAGAGCACAUCUCAAAGUUAUCGGAUCAGCUUCACUGCAUAGAGCACAUCUUAAAGUUAACCGAGUUUAAACGGAUCAUGUAUUUUAAUUUUUAUUAUUGUAUACCACAACAGACAUUCUGGACCAUGCUUAAUAUUGCUCACAUCAAUCAAGAAAACCAGUUUUGUCUGUGCUCGUAAUCCUCAAAACAUUGUGUUCCAAAUUCUUACCAGUAUAGAAAGAUCUCUGUGUGCUUUUUCUCAA